GAUGGUGGCAAGUUGGAAGUGGCUUUAUGAUAUUAGGUUCAGUAUCAGUUGAUUUAUCAAGCUGGAAAUGAUAUUUUGUAAUCAGAUUAAUGCAUCUCUGAUCAAGCAAUUGGGAAUUUGUUAAAUUUCUAGAUAAUGCAUGCUGCUUGAAGUCUACUAUUUUAAUGUCUAGUUGGAGUCCGUUCCUCUAAUGUGAACUGUAAAAUACAUGUUACUAUUACCAUCUUCAUAUCAAUUUUUAGUCCAUAGGAGAAACGUGUAAAGAUCUCAAGAGGCAGGCAGUUCUAUUUUCUGAUCAAUCAUAUAUGAAAAGCUGCUGUGUUGUUAGUUUUAUAGGAAGAAAGAAUGGAUCCUUCGAUUUUUUUGCACCAGAAUUGGCUAGAAUUGGAUAGAACAAUCUUGUUCACUGUCCUGGUUCUUCCAUUUCUGGCUUUCUGCACCAUUUAUUUCAUCAAGUCCAUUCAAACAGACAAGCUCAACUUACCUCCAUCCCCAUUGAAGCUGCCAGUGAUAGGAAAUCUUCACCAGGUAGGCAGGCUCCCCCAUAGGUCACUCCGUACCCUGUCUGAGAAGUAUGGACCUUUAAUGCUCUUACACCUUGGCAGUUCUCCUGCUCUCAUUGUUUCCUCAGCAGAGACAGCCAAAGAGAUCUUGAAGACACAUGACAAAGCUUUCUUGGAUAAACCUCAAACAAGGGUUGGAGAUGCUCUCUUUUAUGGAAGCAGUGACAUAGCAUUUUGUUCUUAUGGUAACUAUUGGAGACAAGCGAAAAAAGUAUGUGUCCUUGAACUCCUGAGCCAAAGAAGGGUGCGGGCAUUUCAAUUCGCCAGGGAAGAAGAAGUGGAGAAAAUGGUUGAGAAAAUACACAUUUCAUGCCUCCGUAAAGUUGCCAUUGAUGUUGGUGCGGCGUUUUUAACCAUCUCUAAUGACAUACUAUCUAGAUCUGCUUUUGGAAGAACAUAUGAAGAAGUAGAUGGUCAGCAGUUGGGAGAAUUGUGGAGGACGGCUAUGGACCUGGUUGGAGAGUUUUGCUUUAAAGACUUGAUUCCCUUGUUGGGUUGGAUGGAUGUUAUUACUGGUUUAGUUUCUAAACUGAAGAGGACUUCCAAAGCACUUGAUGCUUUUCUUGAUCAAGUGAUUGAAGAACAUUUGGUUUCCAGGACUGAAGAUGACAUAUCUAAUAAGAAAGACUUGGUAGAUAUUCUACUUCAUAUUCAGAAGAAUGGAAUGGCCGACAUUGAUCUCAGUCGAGACAACCUCAAAGCAAUCCUCAUGGAUAUGUUUCUUGGAGCAACAGAUACUACUGCAACCACCAUGGAAUGGGCAAUGGCAGAACUAGUGAAUAAUCCAAGUGCAAUGAAGAAAGUCCAAGAAGAAGUAAGAGGUGUUGUCGGAGAAAAAUCCAAGGUCGAAGAAAUUGAUAUCGAUCAAAUGGACUUCUUAAAGUGUAUUGUGAAAGAGACUCUGAGGUUACAUCCGCCUCUCUUUAUUGGCCGGAGAACAUCUGCAAGUCUUGAAUUGGAAGGCUAUCACAUCCCUGCCAAUUUGAAAGUGAUGAUCAAUUCGUGGGCGAUUCAACGUGACCCCAAAUUAUGGGAUAGUCCUGAAGAGUUUAUCCCAGAGAGAUUUGCAAAUAAAUCAGUUGAUUUUAAAGGCCAAAACCACCAGUUCAUUCCUUUUGGUGCUGGCAGAAGGGGUUGCCCUGGAAUUGCAUUUGCAGUUGUAGAAGUUGAAUAUGUUCUAGCAAAUAUCUUGUAUUGGUUUGACUGGGAGUUUCCUGAAGGCAUCACCGCAGAGGAUUUAGAUAUGAGUGAGGUGUUUACACCAGUUAUUCGUAAGAAAUCACCUCUUCGUCUUGUUCCUGUAGCCCACUUUCAAAAAACGAUCAGCAACUGAUACGAGGUAGAGACAUCAUUUGCUUCACUGUUCCUUAAGUUUCAGUGUGCUAGUUUCCAACAAAGCGUCAGACGCAACAUACGGCUUGACAAACCGAUCCUAGGUGAUCAUUAACAAAUACUCUAAAUCGUAAGGCGAAAACUCUAUGCAAUUGCGCUGUGGAGUACAUGAUUUUACUUACGAUGUUAAAGAUGGGUGAUAUGAUGCUCAAUCCACCAAAGUUCAGGCUGGUAAGUUGAAAUUUUAUCAUGCUGAACUAUGAAAAAAAUAUUAAUUUUAAAGUUUGUGUAAAAUAAUUACGAAGAUAUUUUAUAUAGUGCCUAUGAACAACAAAAUUUCUUGCA